UGCGAUUAAUUUUCGGAGUGACUUUGUUAAUAAGUUACAAGUGGUGAUUAACCCACAAAAUAAGUGACAGUUUUUCAAACUAAAGUUGUAAUUAAAAUUUAAUUAUUUUCAAAAUGGUGUCUGCAGAUGUAUCGAACAGAUACAUACACCACCGCAUGCUUGGAUAUACCGUCGGCCUGAUACUCCAUGUCACCAACGUAUACAAUAUGAUAGUCUUCUACAAGGGUGAUGUACUCAAAGACCCCGACGUGAAGCGCUUCCAUAAUAAUCAGUUCAGGUUCUUGACCAUAUGGAAUGUUUACAUGCAAGUUAUGUACAUGGCUCUCGGUCUAUCGUGUGACGUACUGACGCUUACGAAUCAAGGAAAGGACAGUUCAUUGCUGAAGAGUUUGAAGACCAUCAGGGAUCCAUUGUUUUCUAAUAUUGUACUGCCAAUCUCUGUUACUGUAAGCCUAUCUUUCUGGACGAUAUUUUCCUACGAUCGGGCACUGAUUCUGCCACCCAGCGUUGACAAGACCAUUACCCCGAUAUCUAACCAUAUAAUGCAUACAUAUAUAGUGCCUAUAGCACUAUGGGAAUUACUAUUUAGACCUAGGAAGAGACCUGACACGCAUUUGGCCAAUCUUCUAAUGCUUAACCUAUAUGCUGCUUUUUAUCUUGUUGUGAUCGUGGUCGGCUACUUAGAACAAGGUCUCUGGGUGUACCCCAUACUAGACAAGUUGCAUGGAACGAUAUAUUUCUACCUAUUUAUCGCUUCUGCUGUUAUUAUGACAAAUACAUUUUACAACCUGCAAUGGUACCUAACUGACCUUAUUUGGAGUGAUAGCGAAAAUAGGAAAAAAGUUCAAUAAGUUAGUCAUCAUUAACUAACUGUUGCUCGUGACUUCAUUCGCGUAGAAUAUGAUUAAAAUAUAACUCUUUUUAGUUUCAUUUUUCCAAAAUAAAAGUAGUCUAUACUACUCCUUAGUACAUCAGCUACCUCCUAAUAAAAGUCUUGCAAAAUCGGUCCAGCCGUUCCAGAGAAUAAGCAGUACAAAUAGACGGACAGACAAAAAUUUUAAAAACUGUUAUUUUCGUAUGUGUAUCGUAAGCAUAUAUCGUAUGAUGACGAAAUCCUACGAGUGGCUGGAGUACGCUGGUUAGAUACAGCAAAAGAUCGAGAAAGAUGGCAGUCUCUGGAGGAGUCCGUCACCUCAGGGAUUCCCUAAAAUUAAACUUAAUAUAAAAUAAUGUUUUUUUUGG